GUAUAAAGGAAAAGACACCCCCCACUCCACUUUUCACCAUAAUAGAAACCAUGGAUGAAUUCACGGGAAAUCAUAUUCCGGCGUUUGGGAGCUGGGAUUGCAACAAUCAUCUUCCUUUUACUCAAUGUUUCGAAUCAGCUCGACAAACUGGAUACAUCGGUUAUGGCUAUGGCUACCCUCAAGAUCGCGAUCUGUACGUCGCCGGAGAUCUGUAUGAGAACAAUGUCGUCACUCCAGCCAUGAUUGUCGUUCCUCGACGUCGGAGGAAAGCGCCGGUGAAGCAAAAGAAGAAGGAACCGUGGGUGGUUUGUGAUUACGAUUAUGUUUACGACUACAGCGAGAAAGAAGAUCUUGCACCGGAGCAACCGAGGAAGGAUGUCAAUGUUAGUGGUAAAGUUCAUCCAAAGGCUGUUGAUGAGGACUUGUACAAGAUCUCGCCGGAGCUCCUCCGUGCGCCGCCGAGGAGGAACAGCAAGAGAUGGGGGUUGUUUUCAAUGUGUAUGCAGCCAACUUGUGUUAAGUGAAAUCUUUGAAGAUGCAAAUUUCAAAAAUAGUAGAGAUAUAUAAAUAUAUAUAGAUAUAUAAGAGUAUGUGUGAAUGUGUCAAAGAUGGUGACAUGGCCCAAGGAUAUGAAGAUUGGAAGAUGUGAAGAAGAAGAAGAAGAAG